UUGACAGCACUAAUAAGACCGUGGAUCAACUUCGAAAACUCAUAAGCGAAAAACUCAAAUCUCAAGACCAAAAAACACAGAAAACAAUGUCACACAACGACACAAAUAUCAAACCGUUCGAUGGCACAAAUUGGGAAGCAUUCGAAAAGCAAUUGCAAUGCUUACUAUUAGUAAACGACAUUCCAGAAGAAAAGAAAGUGCCACUACUAAUUACAAAAUUAACCACUACUGUUUUCGAUAAUAUUCUUAACAUUUGUGAACCAGUAUCACCACUGACAAAGUCAUAUGAUGAGUUGUGCAGUCUCCUAAAGAAAAAUUAUACAAAUACAAAAGCUCCAUCAAUUAACAGAGUUGAAUUCAGAAAGAGGAACCAAACGGCAAGUGAAUCGAUUGAUCAAUAUAUCACAGAAUUACGGAAAAUUGCUAGAACAUGCGGAUUCAAGGACAUGGAAGAUCAAAUAAAAGAAAAAUUUAUUGACGGAUUGACUUCAAAUCCUAUAAAGUUUGAAUUGUUGAAAAAUUCAGAAUUAUCACUAGAAAAAUUUGUUAUCUUGGCUCGCAGCAUUGAAGCAGCUUUGAAGACCACAGAGACUACAGAAUCAAAAAACAUAACACCAAUGUUUAAGAACACCUCGGUUAAUUAUAGAAGCACAAAUACCAGACGUGGACAAGGCCGAGGCGGACUGGCAGGUGCAAAUAAUUCAAAAAUGUGUUAUUGCUGUGGAAAAAACAAUCAUAUCCGUGCAGAGUGCUCACUUCAGAAGAAAUAUUGUUCGGAGUGUGGACGACAGGGGCAUAUAUAUAAGAUGUGCCCGAACAACAAGAUGCGACGUUCCACUAACAUGGUCUCAACGGACGAGCACAAACCAGAAGAUGAAGGCACUGAAGACAUUUUUGAUGGCUCAUUAGCACCUUUGUUUCAAGAAUAUGAAGUAAGGUCACUAGGUAGGCAGAACAAUUAAUUAAAAGGAAGUUCGCAGAAGUAUUCUCACCUGGCUGGGGAAACUUUGAAGGCGAGGAAAUAACUUUAAAACUGAAACCAGAUGCCACUCCCAAAUGUCUACCGGUAAGGCGGGUGCCUUUUUCUCUUCGAGACAAGGUAAAAAAUGAAAUCUCUAGGUUAUUGGCUAAUGGAAGAAUAGAACCCAUAGAACAUAGUCAAUGGGGGACACCAGUUGUUCCAAUUUUGAAGCCGGAUGGGUCAGUGCGUCUGUGUGGAGACUAUAAGCUAACCCUUAACCCUAACCUAGAGAUUGACCAUUAUCCGCUACCACAUGUAGAAGAAAUCUUUAAUUGUUUAAAGGAUGGACGAUACUUCUGCGAACUAGAUCUGAAAGAGGCUUAUUUGCAAGCCCCACUAAGCAAAAAGUCACAAGAAUGCACUACAAUUGUGACAGAGUUAGGAACUUUUAAAUACAAAUAUCUUCCAUAUGGUGUGAACACCGGCCCUGGAUCUUUCCAAAGAUUAAUGAGCAACAAAUUGGCAAACAUUCCUAAUGUAAUAGUGUUUAUAGACAAUAUCUAUAUGUCAGGCAAAGACCUUGAAUCCACCAUGGAGACACUAUGUAAAGUACUAGAAAAAUU